CUUACUUGGAGCGCGGGGACCCGCACCUUCAUCGCUGGAGCUCGCAAGCUGGUUGCUUCCUCCUCAUCCUCCCACGUCACCGCUGCCGCCAUGCCCGGAGGUCUCCUUCUCGGGGACGAGGCUCCCAACUUCGAGGCCAAUACCACUGUCGGCCGCAUCCGUUUCCACGACUUUCUGGGAGACUCAUGGGGCAUUCUCUUCUCCCACCCUCGGGACUUUACCCCAGUGUGCACCACGGAGCUUGGCAGAGCUGCAAAGCUGGCACCAGAAUUUGCCAAGAGGAAUGUUAAGUUGAUUGCUCUUUCCAUAGACAGUGUGGAGGACCAUCUUGCCUGGAGCAAGCUCCUGAUUUAUGCUGAAGUUGCCCCGGACUUAUUUCUUGGAUGUCUUCUCUUUCCUAUUUAUACUCUUUCCCUUGCACUUAAAGAAUUCUUCUUCCUAUUUCUGCCUUUGUGUGCUUUGUAGGUGUUUGUUUUUGGUCCUGAUAAGAAAUUGAAGCUGUCUAUCCUCUACCCAGCUACCACUGGCAGGAACUUCGAUGAGAUUCUCAGAGUAGUUAUCUCUCUGCAGCUGACAAUGGAAAAGAGAGUUGCCACCCCAGUUGAUUGGAAGGAUGGCGAUAGUGUGAUGGUCCUCCCAACCAUCCCUGAAGAGGAAGCCAAAAAAAUUUUCCCUAAAGGAGUCUUCACCAAAGAGCUCCCAUCUGGCAAGAAAUAUCUCCGCUACACUCCCCAGCCUUAAGUCUCUCCAGGAAGUUGGUGCUGGGAGGGCUCACUUAGCACAGUGAGCCAGAGGACACCAGCUGCCAAUCAUAUUUUCCUGCUGCAAUUCCAGUCCAUAACAUCCUGGUGUGAUCACAGCCAACGUCAUUAGAUUGCUAUACUACUGGCUUAUUAAAUGCAAAUGGCACUAAAAAUUUCUGGGGAUUUGUUACUCUGUGCCUUAACCAGCAUUCUAUUCUAUUCAUAUAUCUCAGCACUCUGCUGGCUCUCUCAAAUAUAUUCUAUAUUUGAGAUUCUAAUCUUGGAUUUCUACAGCGUUUGUGAUCAACGAGGAUUAUUGGUUGAUGGUUGAGAAAGCUUGCUUUGCUCCAUCAUAGAAGAUUAUCUUUUUUUUUUUUUUUUAAGCUGUCCUAAUCAUAUCUUCUUCUGUAACCCAAUUUGGAGAGCAACAGAACUUGAAGGUUCAAUCUCCUCUGUAAAUAUCUAAGUAUAUAUCCCAGGAACUUAGAGUAACCCAAAUGUUCUUUAAUAUUCAAGGUUUUGAUCACAGCUGGGGGAAAAAUCUUUUUAAUUCUGUACUUUUCUAGUAGAUAACUAAAGUGGGGGGAAGGAUCUCUAAAUAUUUUGCUAUAAAAAAAAUUUGCAAUAAAUUUCUAUCAAAAGGUGGAGGCUGCAGAAAAGGCUCUCCUUGCCUGCCAGGAAGUGUACCAGGAGGUGUGAGCAAUACAAGUGCCAUGUGCCUUUCACACAGAGUAUUUCCAUAUGUCAGCCUGCUCUCUGAUGAUGUAGAUGUGAAAGGGCACGCCAUUGGGGAGAGGAGAGGCUAACUGAAAAUGUUUUAUUAUGGAAUUGUUCUUGCAGUGGGUUGCUCUUUUCUGUAUUUUGCUUUUGGGGGAUCAGCAAAUAAAAUCCUUCGUUAAAACUGGA